GGUUGAAGCUGACUCGACUUAGUUUACCGGGAUGUUCUCCUUACUUUAUGUUAUACCCGAAGGUAUCGCGCUGAGCAGCUAACUACAUUGUUAGCUUGUCAGAGAGACCGCUGCAGCAUCUCCUUCGCGCUGCUCUUGCCUGCGGAUUCAGAACGGGCAGAAAGUGACAAGUAAUUGCGAGCGGAAGAACCCUUUGGAAAUGCUAAGGCCCAGUAAGUGUAUUAUUUUACACAAGUAACCUGUCAUCUGUAUGUACUAUCUUCAUGCGCUCGUGCAGCACGUGUAGCUUCAGCACUGUGAGGUCACAACAGAUGAAGGGCAGCAGCGAGCAGCAACGGGAUUUCUGGUGGCGACUGGUUUUUCACAACUUGUCAGGCUCAACUCAACUGUGGGGCGCUGUACUGUAUAAUGUUCCCACUAGGUCGUACGUACAUGUCUAGCUUUCAGCAGCUCACAAUUCUGCCCAGCCACAGUUUGUUCCGCGGCGUCAACAGGUCACAUUGAUCGCCGCAGCUGGAGCAUACUGAACACUCCUAUACCCAGCCGUGACAGACCGUUUGCUUGCUUUGUGCAGUUCAGCACGGCGGCUUACCCUGAUUUGCCAGUGCGUUACCAUGGAGACGGCACAAGAAAUUCUCUCAUCCCCGUUCAACGGCUCAGCGUCUACAGUAGUUGCCACGGUCACGCUAAGCGACCUGGCACCGAGGGUUGGCUCAUACGGCGUUCCUGAAUUUGUGGUGGACACGGUCCUGGUGACCGUCACUAUGGUAACGAUUACCUUGGCGCUGAUUGUGUUCUGGAAAUCUCGUAUGAACUGCUGUCUUCUUGAUUACACGUUCCUGAUUGAACUAGUGAGUGGAAUGGUGCUCACGAUGGCUUACUACCUUCCACAAGCUGCACAGGUAGUUGGCAUUUGGAGUAAGAUACGCAAGGAUUCAUUUGCAUGCCAGCUCUUUGGCAGCAUCAUGGUGACUUUGGCAUUCUUGCAAAUCAUGAACGCUCUUUUCUUCACAUCCCUGCGCUUGCUGUCGAUCAAGAAGCCGUUCCUGUAUGAUCGUUGGUUUGCGUUUAACACCAAGCUAGCCGUUCCAGCAGCCAUCUUGCACGUGCUACUGCCGACCUGUGUAGUCAUUGCCACUGCUACUUAUCCGCUCGACGUCAGACUCUACAACGGCAUAUGCCUGCUGGAUUUCCGUGAGGGAUCCUCGCACACCCUCCUGCUGGUCUUGCUGUCCAUAGGAACGACUGUCUUGGUGCUGCUGUUCGUUCUGCACGCGGCACUCGGCUAUACGUUCAGACAACUGAGCAGGCCGCCGACGUCGAUUAAGUCCUGGGAUGAGUCACUGCAGAAAACGUCCGCACUGAAGGAGGACGGCCGAGCUGAAGAUGACGGCGAUCACUUCCCUAAGGCGAAGCCCUCCUCGCAGGUGACAAAGCACAGGAAGAAAAGUGCGUCUGUUGGAUUUGGGCUUAUCAUGCCGGCUUUGACCAAACAGGCUAUGACGCUGCGCCCGCUUCACCAGUCAUUCAGCAAUACUGACAUCCCAAGCUCUGUGCACAGUAUUGCAGUGGAUGGUGGCCAGAAACCUGCUGAUGGGUCUGAGAGCAAAUCAGCAACCCAGCCAGAUCACGUGAACGAGACACCCGCCACCUCCACAAGAAAAUGUCGUUUUCUCCGCCGUUGUCACAGCCAAGGUGACCUGUCCCACCGUGCACACGGCACUAAACAUGGACCGGGAACGGGACGCAGACGGCUUUACGGUGGCUCCCUGCACGCACUACAGCUUCUCCAUCAUCGCGUGAAAAUGUCACCACUGACAAGGCUAACGCUAGCACUUUCUCUGACACACGUUGUCUCCAAACUUCCGGGAGUGGUGAUCUGCUGGCUAGAACUACAGACAAAGUCGAGUCCAGUCAGCUUUUUCAGUUGGACCCUUCGCUUUUUUAUUUUGGCAUCCACUUUCAACAGCUUCCUAUUCGUACUUGCAAGAAGAACUUACAAGACUGAAGUUGAUCGUUUGUUCAAGCCCCUUCAAAGGUAUUUGAGAAGGGUGACGGAUAGGAUCUAUGGGAAUAGAAAACGUAGAACGGAUUACCAUCCAGUAUAAGCUGAUGGUCCUCUGUGCUAAGACUUCUGAAGGUAUAUGAACAACAGGCUUCCAUCGUUGUAUACAGGCUUUUUGUCACUAUCCGAUUGUAUGUUGAAAUGGCAGCAAUUCCCCCCGCCACCAGUGAACAAUAAGUUGUUACAUUGCUGCCACUGCAAUUAUAAUUAUUAUCUUGAAGAUAUCGGUGUUGAUAUUCAGUGUACUCCUGGCCUAUGCUGCUUGAAUAGACAGACAUUUAGUAGACAUUACUUUACAACGGUGAUUUGAUUAGGGUAUCAAUCAUUCAAAAUCUGAUUACUUUAGCGUUUCAAAACGAUAUUGAAAUUUGAAAGAGAUAAUUAUCCUGCUGCAUACUAUGUCAGAAUGUCGGAACAAUCAGUACUUGCUUGUGAGGA